AUGGCUCCCACUCGAACUCAAUAUCGACUGGUGCAGGCCAUUCCCCUGAUCCCCGUGGGCAUCGCAUUUUUUACGUCCUUUAUUCUACCUGAAACACCCAGAUACCUAGCCUCGAAACAACGACACGAGGAGGGUCGUUCUGUCUUGGCUCGUCUCCGCGGUAAAGAUAUCAACGAUCCCGCCAUCAAAGAGGAAUUCGCAAUCAUUAAUGAGCAGGUGCGCACCAAGGCCGCGGACCUGGCUUCCGUUUCCUACUGGUCGGCCUUCAAAGAGACGCAGAUUAACCCCAAUUAUCGCCAGAGAUUCUGGCUCCUAAUGGCCAUGCAGACCAUUGGGCAGUGGACUGGCGGCAACGGCAUCACCUUUUACAUUUCCACUAUUUUCCAGUAUGCCGGUGUGACGGGGAACUCCACUUCGCUUAUCUCCUCGGGCGCAUACGGUAUUGUCAAGUUGGUCUUCACCAUGGCCUUCACGUGGGGUCUGAUUGAUUACUUCGGCCGACGUCGCUGCACCCUCUCCGGCCUCACAUUACAGCUCGCAGCUCAUAUCUACAUGGGUAUCUACAUGGGUCUGCAGCCCGGUUCAAGCCACAAUAGAUCCGCCUCGGAUGCAGCCAUUGCCUCUGUUUUCAUCUACGCCGUGGGCUGGUCCAUCGGCCUAUGCACCAUGCCGUACCUCUACGGGACGGAGAUCUUCCCCACGCGCAUUCGCAAUAUCAACUAUGCCCUCAGCAUGUCGCUGCAUUGGUUUUUCCAGUUUGCCGUGGUCCGCGUCACACCCAACAUGUUUGUCUCCUUUAAUGUCUGGGGUGCCUAUCUUUUCUGGGCCGUCAUUUGUUUCCUGGGUCUCGUCAUCCUGGGCAUCUGGAUGCCUGAGACGAAGGGUGUGCCCAUCGAGCGUAUGGGAGAGCUCUUUGAAGGCCCGUGGUAUCUCCGUUGGAAAGCACGGCUCAGGCCGGACUAUUCCCCUUAUCCGUCAUCUCAUUCCAACGCUACUCACUCGACUAGUACUCAGCCUGACUUAGAGACUCCGAAAUCAGCUUGGCAGUCUUAA